CAUCAGCGCAUCAAACUGACAUGGCAGUACUAGGAUUCUGUUGCAAUGCACACUGCUAUAUUUUUGACAUCGUGUCUUACGAGUGACCUUGACUCGCGAAACGGACACUGGUGUGCGCUGUCGCAAUGACUAUUAUUGAGUCCACAGAUUUUGGUAUACAAUCAAUAAUGGACUUCCUCGGUUUAUGCUCUCCGCUAUCGAUGCGCCUGUCGAGUGAGUCUUCGCUAUGUUGAAGGCACUACUGGCAGUGUGGCAGUGACAUGAGGACUUCCUGUGGUACGUGUCUUGCCGGCGUUUCCACGAUGCGCUACGCGUGUUCACAUGAUGAACGGUACUAGUAGCUAACGACAUUUCGUCCUGUGCCUCCUCUCAAAAAGACGCUGUCAUUUGCUAUAAAGGCUGGACAAUCUGUACACCAUUUUUUGUUUUUCUUCAUCUCGAUAUACUGUACCCCAGACAUGCUGCGCUGGCUAUCCCUCGCGCUUGUCUUGGCGAGUAAUGUCGCUGCGUUACCCUCUCCACAAUCCAAAGAGCCAAGCGAUGCACCGUCCCAGUGCCAAGCACGUGCCUGGGUAAGAGCACCUGACAUGGUUCCCGGCGAAGUUAUCGCGGGAGAUGUCAAGAUUAAACUCAGCGGACCAUGCACGGGCGCAAAGAGCUAUACGCUAGGCUUGCGCUACAAGGAAAAAGUAUUCUGGAAGUUAAGACAGCUCGACAGACGGGAAGAUGCCCCGAUUCCGGAAAUGCCCAAAUUGACGUAUAAUCAGACGGCGGUCUCGAACAGUGAUUUGUUCCGAGUCCGACCUGCCCAGAACUCCAGGAGUCCAAACUACAACGAAGCAGAAUGGAGGGCAUACGAAAACUCAGUUCAAAAUAAGGACUUGUGGUCUAUCCACGAGGAAGAACGGAUUGCCUUUGAGAUCAAGAGUCCUUUGGUCACAGAUCCACUGUCAACAAACUUCACGACCCAGUUUGGAGUUCUGGUACCAAAUACAAACUACCCUCCAGGAAUAGACUGUCGUGUAGGUUCCAUGUCUAAUGGGGGAGCGGCUGAUAUGAUAUCCAGCGAAUCGAUUUACGAGUACUUUGUCGAAAUCGGGUUUAGCAAUGGCACCGACUUCAGAGAUACUGUUAAUGUAUCUCUAUCUCCGCUACCCGCACGCUCCCGUAACACGAAGCCAUCAGUAGACAGGUUGCGGAGCAACUACACGAUUGAACUAUCUUUUCCUGAAGGAGCUCACGUUUAUCAAAACUCGUCCGUAAAUUUCACGGCCAUUGUUCAUCGGACAGGAUAUACGAAUCGGACAGACAUUCCUGUGGGGCUGUGUGCGUUCUCGGCGAGUGGCAUUGAAUGGUAUUCUGAGGAGCUCCAGAACCGAUCACAGCCAUUUCCACCGUUCAUUGGGGCGUUGGUCCCUUCCGUUAUCCCCGUGCAGCAUCCGGGAUUCUAUCAAGUCAUAACACCCUAUCCAGUCCCUGUUUCCCCAUGCAGAGAGAUCAAAUUUGCAGCAACUCCUGCACCCUUGAUUGACGAAAGCCACAUUUUUUCCACGUCCUCCGAACCUCUUUCAUUAUCCCUCUACGUGGGUCACAAUGCUGUUCCUGAUUUUUCAACGUACUAUCAGAAACUGGGAGGUCGUGUAAAUCUGAAUCUCCAUGUCAUGCCUGAUCCAUCAGAGCCAUGGGAUAAUGAAUUCGAGAAAAAACAAUGGGAGAGGCAGAUUGUGGAUGCGGAUGAAACUGACUGGGUGCCCUGGAUGCCACCAACACGUAACCAAUUCCUUUCCGGCGACACCAAUAUACUAUCAGUCAUUCCAAUGCAGAAGCAGGGACCUGCGCAAUCAACGCCAACCCACUACCUAUCUGACAAUGCUCGCCAACCAGUAUUUGUCGAUCCGUGCGACAUCGCUGACCUUCGUUUAAUGUUGCCCGAGGAACGUGAUCUCAUUGCCCCACUUACGCAGCCAGGUCAUCAAGGUUUUUCCCAAGGGAGAAGAACUUCCACGCAGAUAUUUCACUGGCAGUGA